AUGACCAUCUCACAGUUUACUGGCUCCAACGACGUUUGUUAUGGCAUCACACUGGCGGGAAGAUCUGCGCCUCUCUUGAACAUCGAUCAGAUACUGGGUCCGACCAUCAGCACCGUUCCUCGGAGGAUCAAGAUCAAUGGUCUCCACACUAUUGAGGAUUGCUUGAUCUCUCUGCAAGAUCAAUCUGCCGAUAUGAUCCCAUUCCAACACGUCGGUAUCCGGCAGAUUGCAUCAUGUGGGCCGGAAGCUGCAGCGGCUUGUCGUUUUCAGAAUCAUCUGGUGGUUCAGCUGCCCGUGGACAACAAGGAGCUGAAAAUCUUUGCCAAUGGAGAUACCGUCGAAUUCGAAGAUGAUUAUGCCAUUUCAAUCCAGGCGACACUUCCAGCUUUCAAUACCGCUGCAGUCGGCAUCAAAGCCGUAUACGAUCCUUGCAUUGUCAACGAUUGGUUGAUCAAACAGAUUCUGGAACAAUUCGAACACAAUUUGAAAAACGCAACCCAGUAUCCACUCAAGAGGCUGAACGAGUUGAGGUUGAUUAGCGAUUCCGGGUGGGACUCGCUCUGUGAAUGGAAUCGUGACUUGCCGCAAGUUGUGGAACAUACAGUCCACGAUCUUGUCGUUCAGCACUGCGCGGAACAGCCAGAUCGCAUUGCGGUAGAUGCAUGGGAUGGUACCUUGACUUACGGAGAGCUCGAAAAACAGGCCUCUACGCUUGCUGCAACCCUACGGGCACUUGAUGUGCGAGUGGGCAAAUACGUCAUGAUCAUGAUGGAUAGGUCUCUCCGCGCGGUGGUCACAAUGCUGGCCGUCAUCAAAGCAGGCGGGGCAAUGGUCUUGAUCGAUCCUUCCACACCUCCCUUGAGACUACAGCAGAUCUGUGACACUACCGAAGAAUCGCUCAUCAUUUCUUGUGAGAAGUACGCUGACAGUGCUAAGAGCCUUGGUAUGCGAUGGAUGUUGGCAGGCGCCGCUGAUGAGAAGUACUCUCACUUCAUCAAACCGAAAGUGUCAUCCGAUGAUCCCUUCUAUUCUAUCUUUACCAGCGGCUCGUCCGGAACCCCAAAGGGCAUCGUCAUUCGGCAUUGUGCCUUCGCCACGGCAGCGACGAUCAAUGGCCCUAUGAGUUUGAUCAGCAAGACUAGCCGGGUACUGCACGUGGCUUCUUUCUCAUUCGAUGUCUCCAUUGCAGAAGUAUUCUACACCCUAGUGCUGGGCGGGUGUGUAUGCAUUCCAUCGGACGAAAGAAGUCGCAGCAAUCUAGAAGACGCAAUCAACCACUUCUGCGUGGACUGGGCCGGGCUCACACCUACAAUGGCUAGGGCCCUGGACCCAUCGAAGAUCAAGACCCUUCGUGUGCUCGCACUUGCCGGUGAGGCACUCGCGCAAACAGAUAUUGGAAUGUGGGACGGUCAUGUUCGUCUCGUGAAUAUGUAUGGACCAAGCGAGGCCACCGUUCACGCCACGAUGCAGCUUGAAGUAUCAGCUGAGAACGAGGCAUCAAACAUCGGAUGGGGAGCAGCUACAGUGACAUGGAUAGUUGAUCCGGAAGACCACAACAGACUCGCGUCUCUGGGCGCCAGAGGUGAGCUUGCCCUUGAGGGACCAAUCCUCGCUCAAGGCUACCUCAAGAACAGCGGUCUGACUGAUGCGGUCUUCAUCGAAAAUCCUGAGUGGCUCAGUGGUGUCAGGCAGGGCAAACCUACUCGGAUCUACUCGACAGGAGAUUUGGCGAAAUACAGUCCACGCGGAGACGGGUCCAUUGUAUACCUUGGGCGAAAAGAUAAUCAAGUCAAACUGCGUGGUCAGAGGAUUGAGCUGGGCGAAAUCGAGCAUAGCUUGCGCGAGUGUUUGCCAUCGGCGAGAGAGGUUGUUGUUGAAAUUGUGAAGCCAUCGGAUCCGGGCGCCCAACCUAUGCUCGUGGCGUUCAUCUUGCUCGGCAUGCAGCUUACCACUCCACAGAGUCAUGGCUUCAUCACCUCUUUGAAUUCCCAUGGCCAGGAACAGCUCCGCUCUGGCAAUAUUCUCCUGCGCGAUAGGGUGCCGCACGCUAUGAUUCCCACCGCAUUUGUGCCCCUUACCGAAGUACCAAGUACAGCUAGCGGCAAAACUGAUCGUAGAUUGCUGCGUGAAACAGCAUCUGCAUGGUCGAGAAGAGACCUGAGUAGAUACAGCGCUCAGYAGACCUUGUAUAAGCGAGCACCGCUCACGCCAAAUGAGGCUGCAUUGCAGACCGCAGUCUCCGCCGCACUCCAGUUGCCGGUGGAUGAGGUGGGCCUGAAUGAACAUUUCUUCCAUCUAGGUGGAGAUUCCAUAUCCAGCAUGAAAGUCGCCGCUUUACUUGCAGAGAGUGGUUUCUCGCUCGCGGUGGCUGACUUCUUCCGCCACCCUUGUUUGGAAGAUCUCGCCGCUGUAAUAGCAGCAGACAACGAGAAACGCGAGGCCCUGGAAAACAAUCCGCCAUUUUCAAGUUUGAACGAAGAAGAUCGCCUUGAGGCCAUUCGUAACGCUGCGAGCCAGUGCGGUGUUUCGAUCCACGAGAUUGAAGAUAUUUACCCUUGCACCCCGAUCCAAGAAGCCCUGUUUGCUUUGACCCUGAGGCAGCAGGGACAAUAUGUCAUGGAAAUGACCUGCUCGCUUCCCCGUGGCGUAGAUGUCGCCCGCGUCAAGACCGCAUGGCAGUCGGUUUGCCGAGAAAAUUCGAUUCUGCGCACUCGUAUCAUCUCGUCCGCUGCAUGUGAAGGUCACUCUCGGCAAGUCGUUCUUCGGGAGGCCGAUCUAUGGUCCUCGAACAGAGAUCCUUUGCACGUUCACGACGGAGGCGUGUUGCUCAAGACGUCGCUUUCUCAAGUCGAUGGCAUCUGGCUUCUACAUCUCUGGCUCCAUCACGCAUUAUACGAUGGCCCUUCACUACAGAGCAUCUUUGAGCAAGUCGAAGCUGCCUAUCACUGGAAGCCUCUGUCUUUGCGUCCCUUCAACACGUUCGUUGCGUGUGUGGCGAAGCUCGACCGCGUGAAGAGCGAGACAUUUUGGAUGCGUGAGUUUGCAGACUUGGAGGUUCACGCUUUCCCCUCCGCACGAUCCCAAGCGGUAUCAACUCGCCCGGAGGUGGUGUCUCAUACCAUGACAAUCGGUGACAUCUCUGGUACGGGCUUCACCAUGGCAUCGAUCAUCCACGCCGCUUGUGCGAUCACACUGGGGCAUUACACUUUGAGCGAGGAGGUGGUAUAUGGACUGACGCUCUCAGGGAGGGACUUCCCGAUGCGAGGAAUGGAGAAGGUCGUUGGACCGACCAUAACAGCCAUACCGUUUCGAGUGCGCAUUUCGCAGUCCCUGACCAUCGAGGAUCUUUUGAAAGAUAUCCAGGAACAUCUGGCGACCAUUGCGCCUCACGAUCAGAUGGGCCUUCGCGAUAUUGGGUUGAUUAACCCCGAGUGUGCUGCAGCGUGCCGCUUUCGAUCUCACUUGAUCAUUCAGCCGACGGAGACGAGCACAUCGAACACAAUCUUCCGUGAGCCACCRGCCAACGAUGGGGAUCUCGCUCAAUUUGCAACGUCACCGCUUGUCCUGAACUUUGCCUUGUCAGCCGACAAGAUUUCCGCACGACUAACGGCGAGUUGCGAUCCUUCAUGCCUGGAAGCGAAUGAAGUUCAGCGUCUGGCUCAACAGAUAGACCACGUUGUCCAGCAGAUUGUCCAGGAUGUCAAAACUCCAGUCAAAGAUAUCAAAGUGGCCAGCCGCCGCGAUGUAGCACAAAUCAUGGAACAGAAUACAUCUGUACCUGUGAGAGAAGAUAGCCUGGUUCAUGAACUGGUUCUUGAGCGAUGCCUUCUUAAAUCCAACUCAGAGGCCAUCUGCUCUUGGGAUGGCUCGUUGACAUACGGAGAACUACAUGAUGCAAUCACCAGGCUGACGUCGCUGUUCUUGUCUCUUGGAAUCGGCUCCAGCUCAGUCACUGUAGUUUGGAUGGAGAGGUCGCGAUGGACGGUGGUUGCUGUGUUAUCGAUCCUCAAAGCUGGCUCUGCUUGCGCAAUGUUGGAUGUCUCCCAGCCAGCCGCAAGGAUGUCGCAGGUAAUCAAGCAGACCGGUGCGGCUUUUGUCAUAUCAUCUCCGGCAACGCAAAGCGCUGCUAAAGCUGCAGCCACUGGGGCUGCGACCGUCGUCACUGUGUCUCCACCGUUCAUAUACGACACUCCAGCGCCUCCUUUYGUCAUGACUUGGGCUAUCAGUCCUGACAGUCCGGCCUUUGUUAUUUUUACUUCGGGCAGCACUGGUCAACCGAAAGGAAUCGUCCUGGAGCAUGCAAGCAUCGCGACGGGAAUGAGAGAUUUGCGCCAGUGUUUCCGUGUCCGUGAAGACUCGAGGGUGCUGCAUUUCGCCUCUCUGGCAUUCGAUGCGAGCAUCUUUGAAAUCUUGACGCCGUUGAUGUUUGGCUCUUGCCUGUGCAUUCCCUCCCAGGAGGAUCGGUGGUCCAAUUUGACAGGCUUUAUAUCAGAUCAAAGGGUCACUUGGGCCUUUAUGGUGCCUUCCGCUGCCGAACUCAUCGACCCGCUCAUCACGCCGUCGCUGAAGACGCUUAUCUUCGGUGGCGAGCCAAUGACUUCUGGAAUCGUCAAACAAUGGUCGGUGCGGAAAGACGUUGAUGUCGUCAACGUUUACGGCCCAGCGGAAGCCACCUUUGUAUGUGCCGCGGCGCUUAUUGAUCCUCUAGAAUGGACGCCGGGUCUCAUAGGGCCUUUUGUGAAUGGGCUCGGGUGGAUCGUCAAUCCAUCCGACCCUGAGCAGCUUUGCGCUUGGGGAGCUGUCGGGGAGCUGCUGAUAGAAGGCCCCACCCUCGCACGAGAGUACAUCAACGAUCCGGAAACCACCGCUGCGAGUUUCAUUCCAUGCCCAACGUGGCUGAGACCCAUCCGCGGGCAAAGUUCGAGUCGGCUGUAUCGGAGCGGCGAUCUAGUUCAAUAUACCAGCGACGGGCGAAUUCGCUACGUGUCUCGCAAAGAUCGACAGGUCAAGCUCAAUGGCCAGCGUAUCGAGGUGGAAGAGAUUGAAAGUACUCUGAGGCAAUUCCUACCAAGCCAGGCUUGUGUUGUUGUCGAUUGUGUCGUCCGCCAGUCUGGGGACGCUCGACCGCAACUAUUCGCCUUCAUACAGCCGGGAGACCCGACCGCCACAAUGCAACCACCAGAUCAGACCGCAUUUACCAAACCUGACCGGGUAUUCGUCGAGCUAUGUCGCACUGCAGAGCAGAAACUGACGGAACGCCUGCCUCGCUAUAUGAUUCCUACCACAUUCCUGCAACUGAAGUGCGUCCCUAUGACUUCAACUGGAAAAAUAAACCGUCGCUACUUGUUACAGAUGGCAAGCUCGCUCCAAGAGCAAGACUUCCUGGCUCUGUCGAAUGCUGAAACCGCAAGAUCUGUUCCUGCUAACGAGGUCGAAACCAUGCUCGCUGAUCUUUGGGCCAACUUCCUAAGUCGGCCAGUCGACGCGAUCAGUUCGAGCGACAACUUCUUUCAUCUAGGCGGAGACUCCAUCCUAGCGAUGCGUUUAGUGGCGGCCCUUCGCCAAAGGAAAUAUCAGUCGACUGUGGCGGGUGUUUUCGCGAAUCCGCGUCUCUCCGACAUGGCAGCAUCCAUAGGGCCUAUGAAGGACGGAGUCUCCGCGAAAGCUACGGCCAUAGAGCCCUUUACACUGGUCCGAAAGAGCGACGAGUUGCUGUCCACCGCCGAGAGUCUUUGCUCCAUUCAACGGGAUUCGAUUCUGGACAUCUACCCCCUUACCCCACUUCAGGAGGCGCUCUUCGCACUGUCGAUGCGCGAUGCGGGAGCCUUCUUCGCGUCCCUCAGAUUCAAAUUGGGCGCAGAUCUCGAUGUCCCUCGAUUCAAACAUGCAUGGGAAUUGACCCUUCAAGCAAACCCCAUCUUGCGAACCCGAAUCAUUCAAAAUUCCGCCCUAUACCAAGUCGUUGUGGAUGAGCAGGUCCCUUGGAUAACCGUGCCGGAUGCGAUGACGUUAGAAGGGUAUGCUUCUGCGCUUUUUGCACAGCCGGCGCAGUUCGGACAGAGGCUGUUUGAGCUCGUGAUGAACGAAUCGAGCACAGGGGAGACCCCCACCGAACUUAUGAUGGUCAUCCACCACAGCCUCUACGACGCGCAUUCUCUGCCCUUACUUUUCAACCAGCUCCAACAAGCCUAUGAUCAUCAGCAACCACUCGAAUUUCGCCCCUGUAAUGGCUUCGUUGACUUCGUCAUCAACAGCCAGAGCUCCUCUCGUGACUACUGGAGGACGGAACUGUCAGGUAUAAGCGUCGCAGUAUUCCCUGCACUYCCAUCCGACACCUAUAAACCUCAACCGGAUGUAUCGAUAGAGGAAACUCUGCCAUUGGCACAACAAGGCUCCCGGACUUCCACCUUGGCAACAGUAUUGGAGCUUGCGUGGGCCCUGACUGUAUCUCGGUUCUCCGACACGGACGAUGUCGUGUUCGGUAUGGUCCUAUCUGGCCGCGAUGCUGACCUCAUCGGAAUCGAGGCGACGACGAUGCCGACAAUCGCGACUGUGCCCGUGCGAGUCCAAGUUGGCAAGGCUCAGAUUGUAACGGAGAAGCUGAAGCAACUGCAACAUGACAUGUCUGGGCUGUCCGCGUUCUAG